GUGGGGGGUGGGGGUGCCCUGCCCCUGGAGCAGGAAUGGUGCCCCCUGGGAAGAAACCAGCGGGAGAGGCCUCCAACUCCAACAAGAAAUGCAAACGUUACUUCAAUGAGCACUGGAAAGAGGAGUUUACCUGGCUGGACUUUGACUACGAGCGGAAGCUGAUGUUUUGCCUCGAGUGCCGCCAGGCCCUGGUGCGGAACAAGCAUGGCAAAGCUGAGAACGCCUUCACCGUCGGCACCGACAACUUCCAGCGCCAUGCCCUGCUGCGCCACGUGACCUCAGGGGCCCACCGCCAGGCUCUGGCGGUCAACCGGGGCCAGCCCACUUUUGAGGGCCAGGCUGAGAAAGGAGGGGCCUGCCCAGGCCUGGCCACCCCCCCCACCUCUGGGGGCCUAAAGGUGGAGGUGGAUCCUGCCAAAGUGGCUGUGCUGACCACAGUGUACUGCAUGGCCAAGGAGGACGUGCCUGAUGACCGCUGCUCAGCCCUGCUGGAGCUACAGAGGUUCAACCUGUGCCAGGCGCUGCUGGGCACGGAGCAUGGCGAUUACUACAGCCCCAGAAGGGUGAGGGACAUGCAGGUGGCCAUUGCCAGUGUCUUGCACACAGAGGCCUGCCAGCGCCUGAAGGCAUCCCCGUAUGUGGGGCUGGUGUUGGAUGAGACCAGGGAUUGGCCUGAGUCACACAGUCUGGCCUUGUUUGCCACUUCCGUGUCCCCCUGUGAUGGCCAGCCUGCCACCACCUUCCUGGGCAGUGUGGAGCUACAGGAGGGCGAGGCCACUGCUGGCCAACUCCUGGACAUCCUGCAGGCCUUCGGCGUGUCAGCACACAAGCUGGCCUGGUUCAGCUCCAGCCUCCCCAGUGACCGUCUGGGGAGUGUGGGCCUGCAGCUCCGGGCCGCCUGCCCACUGCUCAUGGAGCUACACUGCCUGCCGGGCCGGCCAGAUCCUGAGUCCCCUAGCUACCUAGGUGAAUAUGAAAGUGUACUGGAUGCCCUAUUUCGCCUCCACGGUGGCCCCAGUUCCCACAUGGUCCCUGAGCUCCGAGCGGCGCUGGACCUUGCAGCUAUUGACUUGGCAGGAUCACGGUCAGUGCCCUGGGCCUCCCUGCUGCCCGUCGUGGAAGCAGUGGCUGAGGCUUGGCCUUGCCUGGUGCCCACACUGGAGGCCUCUGCCCCAGCCUCACCUACAGCUAGGGCCCUGGCCCUGGCCCUGCGCCAGUUCACCUUCGUGGCCUUCACCCACCUGCUGCUGGACACUCUGCCCUUUGUGCAGAAGGUCGCCCUUGUCCUGCAGCCAGAAGAGCCGGACUUGGCCUUGCUGCAGCCCCUGGUGAUGGCAGCUGCAGCCUCCUUCCAAACACAACGGGGCAGCUCGGGUGGCGCGCACCUCCGGGGCUUCCUGCAGGAACUGGCGUCCUCUGGCCUGGACUUGGGCAGUGGGCGCUGCACCUACCGCGGCGUGGAGCUCGUCGGCUACUCUGAAGCUGCGGUCCGGGACUUGGAGCCGCUGCGGGAGGCCUUCUUGGACUCCAUGCGGAGGGGGCUGCGGGACUCCUACCCGGGGCCCUCACUGGAUGCUGUGGCUGCCUUCGCAGCGGUCUUCGACCCCCGCCGCUACCCGCAGGCGCCUGAGGAACUGGGCGCGCACGGCGAGGGGGCACUGCGGAUUCUGCUGCGUGCCUUCGCUCCGGUUGUGGUGCGCCAGCGCGCACUGAGCGACUUUGCGCUCUUUAAGCGCUUGGUCUGCAGCCUCGGGCGGCUGGGCCCCCGGGCUCUGUGCGCCAAGCUGGCGUGCGCGCACUCCGAGCUGCACGAGAUCUUCCCAGACUUCGCCGCCCUAGCUGCCCUGGCCUUGGCGUUACCUGUGGGUGCCGGCCUCCUGGAUAAGGUCGGCCGCAGCCGAGAACUGCGGUGGUGGGGGCAGGGCGGGACCGGGGAAGGCCGGGGUGACCCCGCGGUCAAGAUCGCUGUGGAUGGGCCGCCGCUGCACGAGUUUGACUUUGCGCUGGCGGUGGAGUUCUUAGAGAGUGGGUGGGGGGAGGGGCUGUUGGGGUCACAGCUCAUGUGACGGUGGCCUUCUUCUCUCUACCUAGCCAGCCUGGGGCCCUGGGCACUCGAAGGGCCAAGCUGGACUUGACCGUGAGGCACCCAAGCUGGCCUACUAACUGUGGCCUUCUCCCCACCUUCCCCAUGCGUGCUCUGCUCCACGCGGAGGGCUGACCUAGCCCUGUGGGCUGUGAAGGAGGGGCUGGGUCAAGGGGGACCUGGGCGAGUGGACGAAGAUGCUAGCGUCUGGGGCACCUAAAUAUUGCUGCUGACCAUUCGAGAGUUGGGUGAGGAGUAGCUCUCACCCUUUUCCCUCUGGACUCAGCCCAAGUUUUGGCCCUCUAAAAGUUGGGGGGUGGUGUCUUGGUUGGAGGGAGGAAGACUAGGGUCUUCGGAGCUAAGGGAUUGGGGGAAAGGAGAAUGGGUCCUUGGCUGUUUCUUAGUCCUCUUCCUAGCAGCGUCUCUUCUCUUCAGUAUGACUGGAAAGCAGAUCGCUAUCCUUGUUUUUGACACACCGCACAGUACUCUGUGCGCAAGCUAACAGUUCAAGGGAGGGAGCGGUGCCCUCCUUCCCACCCCCCACCUAGAGGCUGCCUAAGGCUUUUCUGUAUGUGACCAUGUAUAUAGACAUAUAAAUCUAUAAAUGUGAAAUAAAUCUAUCUUUCAUAGUGUUAAUACAUAAAUCUAACAGGACUUCUUUUAGUUUUGCAAUGACAGGGUCCAAAAAAGUCCCAAAUGAACUGGAUUUAUUUAUAAAAGUCUAGUUGUUCCCCCCAAGUUCCCAGCCCUUCUCUGUCCUUGCCUCAGACCUUUGAGACCAAAGACUGUAAAAACCACAGUGCUGUACCCCGCUCCAGGCCAGACCCAGGGAUGUUAGAGGGCUUCUUGCCUUCUGGGGGAAGCAGUUGGGGCCUCACCAGAGCUGGGGAACACAUCCCUUGCGUUCCAUGGGUUUCCCAUCGCCUCUGUCAGCCCUUGCUGGGAAUGGUGUGGGGAUCUGGAGAGGGGGAGUUAGUGAGAAGGGGGGGGCUGACCUUUCCCCAGGUCUCCUGGGUUUGGGUUUAAUUUGCAAUAAAGUGGAAACCCAGCACGCUGCACAGCCUCCAUGGUGGUGUGUGUGUGUGGCAGGGGCCUGCCCUGAUGCUUCUGUCCCCUGCCUUGGCUUGACUCCCCUUGGGGGCUCAUUUGGGCCUCUGUAAGGGCAGGAGGGUCAUCCUUCUGGGCUGGGAGUUUUGCACUGUAGAUUCCCUGCUUCUGUUUCCCCGGUUGUAGAGAGGAAAGGGCCAGAGGUGGGCUGUAAUUGCCUUGGGCUUGGCCAGUGCUACUGUGCCCUGUCUCCACACCCAGGAAGCCCAUCAGCCUCUUGUUCUGGCUGUGGAGGCAGGAGAGACCCCUGUGGCUCCCCAUUUCAGACCCUGCCCUUCUUCCUC